GCGCCUGCCGCCGCCACAGCCAUGGAGUGCAGAGACAAAGCUGCUGUUCCUCCACGGAAACUCGUCCAAGCUCGGCUGCCCUUCAAGCGCCUCAAUCCUGUGCCAAAGGAAAAACUUGAUGUGGAUUCAGAAGUCAAAAAAGUCAAGAGCUCCCCGAGUGCUUUUGUUCCAAGCAAGGAUCCGUCCCUGGAUGCUGCCGGUGCCUCCCUGGACAAUGUGGAGAAUGACUGCCAGCUGGGCUCAGAUAGGAAUUUGACUCCAAAACUUGUGAAUGGAAAGGGUCCCUUGGACCAUUUCAUCCAGAAAAACCCAGGAGGUGACGCAAGUGACCCUGGGGAUGUUCCUGACCCCUCUGAGGGCUCUGGCCACGGACUCGGGGACAGCACAGAGCGGGGGGACGUGGAUUCUGGAGCUGCUGUCACCAACGGCACGAUAGGAAAAGAGCUGGAGCAGCUGAGCUGCCUGAACUCCUCCCAGAGCAGCCCUGCAGGUGACUCCAUGCAGACUGAGGGGCCCUGUGCAGCUGCAGCCCCAGAGGAGGAGGAUUUGGGGGCCGGGAGCCAGCCGUGCUCCGGGGCGGUGACAGGCAGGAAGGGCGCUCAGGACAAACUGAAGGAUGUGCUGUUCGAGGGGAAGGUACCCGUGGUGCUGCUGGAGGACAUCAUGAGCCUGAAAUCCCCCCCAGUGGCCUCUCUGGAUGGCAGCACCACGUCAGAGAACGAGGCCCUGGAGUCGUCCCACGAGGGAGACUCGGGGCUCAGCCACUCCUCGCUGAGCUCCGGGAGCUCGCCCGACGUGCAGCUGGUGGCAGAGGCCAAGAGCAACACGAGUCCUCUGGCUGCCUCCACACCUGCCAGGAAGGUACCUCAGAAAUUCCACAGAAGUUCAGCAGAGAAGGAGAAGCUGAGAUUGCAAAGAGACCAGGAGCGUGCGGACAAGCUGCAGAGGCUGCAGGCAGAGAGGGAGCAGAAGGGCAGGCUGAAGGAAGAGGCAAAAGCUGCAAAAGAACGAGCCAAGGAGGAGGCAAAGAAGAGGAAAGAGGAAGAGAAGGAGCUGAAGGAGAGAGAAAGGAGGGAAAAGAAGGAAAAGGAGGAGAAGGAGAAAGCUGAGAAGCUGCGAGUGAAGGAGGAGAAGCGCAAGGAGAGGCAGGAGGCUCUGGAGGCAAAACUUGAGGAGAAGAGAAAGAAAGAAGAGGAGAAACGGUUAAAGGAGGAGGAAAAGCGCCUCCAUGCACAGAAAGCAGAGAUCACCAGGUUCUUCCAGAAACCAAAGACUCCACAGGCCCCCAAGACCCUUGCAGGCUCCUGUGGGAAGUUUGCUCCUUUUGAAAUUAAGGAGAACAUGGUCUUAGCCCCCCUGAGCCGUGUUGCCCUGGAUCCAGACUACCUGGAGCAGCUGGAUAAGCUCCUGCACGCCCAGAAUGGUGAAGGCUCUUUCUUGAGGGAUCUGAAAUGUCGUCAGCCACGAAAAACUGGGCCCACUUUGGUCAAUGACAGCAGUGACAGUAUAAACAGUGACGUGGUGGUGGUGGACAGCUGCCAGACAGAUGCUGUCCCUGAGAGGGAGAAGUUUGGCAGGAUGAAGCUGCUGCAGUUCUGUGAGAAUCACCGUCCUGCCUACUGGGGCACCUGGAACAAGAGAACCCCCCUGAUCCGAGGCAGGAAUCCAUGGUCCAAGGACACUAAGCUGCUGGACUAUGAAGUAGACAGUGAUGAAGAGUGGGAAGAGGAGGAGCCAGGGGAAAGUCUCUCCCAUAGUGAAGAGGAUGAUGAAGAGGAGGGAGAGGAUGAAGAUGAGGACGAUGGGUUUUUUGUACCCCAUGGGUACCUAUCUGAAGACGAAGGUGUGACAGAGGAGUGUGACCCAGAGAACCAGAAGGUUCGUCAGAAACUGAAAGCAAAGGAGUGGGACGAGCUGAUAGCCAAGGGCAAGAGGUUCCAUGUCCUCCAGCCUGUGAAGAUUGGCUGUGUCUGGGAAAGGGCAGCAAAGGACAGCAGCACCAGCACGGACCUGAAGGUGCUGCAGCAGUUCACAGCCUGUGUCCUGGACCCUCCUGUGCCAGAGGAAGAGCAGCAGACACAGAAAUGUAGCAAAAAAAGGGCAAAAGAUCAGCAAAUCCUCGGGCACCUCCUGCCUCUGCUGCACGGGAACGUGCACGGGAGCAGGGUGAUCAUCCAGGAAUUCCAGGAAUGCUGCAGGCAGGGCCGCUUUGGGGAUGUGGAGGGGAGCCCCCCGCCCCCGCCCGGGGGGGAGGACAAGGACAAGGACAGCGGGGUCCCCUCCAAGGCCAGGCUGAAGAGGAUCAUCUCAGAGAACUCGGUGUACGAGAAGAGGCCCGAGUUCAGGAUGUGCUGGUACGUGCACGCCGAGGUGCUGCGCAGCUUCGGCCACCUGCAGCUGCCCGUGCCCUGCCAGUGGAACUACGUCACCCAGGUGCCCUGUGCUGCCAAGGAGGAGGGGGGCAGCGUGCCAGGCCCACCCCUGCCCCUGGCCACCCCCCCUGCAGCCAAGAGGAAGGCCCUGGGCAGCAUGUCCAUCACCCAGUUCAUGAAGAGACCUCGGGAUGCUGAGCAGGCUGCAGAGAUGGAUGGAUUCCAGGCAGACACUGAGGAAGAUGAGGAAGAUGAUGACUGCAUGAUUGUGGAUGUACAGCCAGGAAAAGGUUCUACAGCUUCAGAAUCCAGUGGCACAAGAGCUGCUGCCCAGGACAGCAGCAUGGUCAGCCCAGCUAAUCCAAUUUGACAUUUAAAUGCCUACUAACUCCUCUGUAUGUAUGUAGAAUGAGCUAGAAAAUUUUAAACCUCGUGUAUCUUUGGCCAAGAUACUUGAAAGUAUUCCACAUUUCUUGUAAAGAGAAGACAGCACUUUGUUCUGCUUCAGACCAGAUGGAAGCUUAAAUUUUUAGUUUUAGCUUUUUAGCUUUUUUUUUUUUUUAAAUAACUGCAUAUUAAUCUGUCCUUAAUAAAGCAUUAUUGAAAUUUUGAUACUUCUUUGUAAUGGAAAGUAUCUAAGUUAUCUCUAAAAGUAGCUGAGGGAUUUUGGAAUAAGCUUAUUGUGAUGCCACUGGGGAAUGACUGUUCAUAAUGUUGUACAGCGUGGCCUUGGGUAUAAAAGAUGUACAAUUAUAUAUGAAUUUAUGCUCUUGUACCAUCCUGUUUGUGGUCUUACUUGCUCCAGAGAACAGCAGCAGGGCUUUACCUUUGGAAAAGGAAAAAUCCAUCGUUUCUCCUCUUUUGGGACAGGCUGGACAGUCAGGGCCAGAUUCUCAGCCUCUUGUCUACAUCAGAGCUGGGCUCUGUCCCACAGAAAAACUUUGAGGUAUUAAAGGACUGAGCUGGCAUCAAACUUGAUGAUUGACAGAACAAACCUGCUGGGGCUUUCAGCUUUCUGUGACUGGUGAGUUCUGAAUUAGUUCUUUAAAAGAUUGUCAGUGAUUUGAGGUUUAUUCUCUCCCCCUGGGCACCACCAGCAGCUGUUCCCUGGUGCCAGGCUCCGGUCUGAGAAGGGACAAGGGGGUGAUGCUGCCCCAGUAACACCAGUGCCAGCCCCAGCACAGACUGGUUUGGCAUCUCAAACCUACAGCAACAAUGCAACUCAAACAACUGGGAUCAGAACUGAGUCUUUAAAUAAUUGCAUUUAAUCAGACUAAGUGUAACUGUGCCCCAGCAGCCUCUCUGCAGCAGGAGUUAGAGUGCACACAGAAGCAGAACGGGAAGCUGAGUUCUAAACCCAGCCCCAAACCCAGGCUCAGCUUGGUAAUCCAGCCUAACAGCCCCUACUCCCUGCUCCACCACUGCCUUGGGACACCUCAGGCACUCCCUGCCCCAGUUUGGUGUUGGAAGCCCCUCGAGCAUCCCAGUGCCAGGGGAGAGGAGCCUGGAGCUGGGAGGGGACAGCAGGGCCCAGCCCCCUCUGCAGAGCUGCACCAAAGCCACCUCUGAGCUCACCUAGCUCCAGCAGUCUGGGGAAAAGGAGGGACGAGCCAGCAGCACUGGAGG